AUGGAAGACUUUCCUGUUGAACUCGUUCGGAAUUUCUCCAUUAUUGCUCAUAUCGACCACGGAAAGUCUACAUUGGCGGACCGUUUACUCGAACUUACCGGGACGAUAAGUAAGCGGCAGAAGGGCGUUAACGCCCAAGUGCUAGAUAAAUUGAAGGUUGAGCGUGAACGUGGCAUAACGGUGAAGGCACAAACUGCCAGCAUGUUUCAUACUCCACCAUCCACCCCGAGUCAUCGCUACCUUCUUAACCUGAUUGACACACCUGGACAUGUGGAUUUUGCCUGGGAGGUUGCGCGGAGCUUGGCUGCCUGCGAAGGCGCUUUGCUCCUUGUGGAUGCCACACAAGGCAUACAAGCCCAAAGCAUAAGCGUUUUCCAUAUAGCAAGGGAACACGGUUUAGUCAUUGUCCCGGUGCUCAACAAGAUAGACCUGCCAGCAGCUCAGCCUGAUCGAAUUGCGCGGCAGAUGGAGGCAACCUUUGGUUUGAAACCCGACGAUAUGUUGCAUAUAUCAGCAAAGACAGGUGUCGGCGUCGAACGGGUGCUAGAGGCGAUUGUAAACCGUGUACCACCUCCCGCAGGUGACCGUAAUCAGCGAUUGAAGGCUUUCAUGUUUGAUUCUUCGUAUGAUCGUUAUCGAGGUGUCAUCUCUCUCGUGAACAUUAAAGAAGGCAUCUUGAAGAAAGGCGACAAAAUCGUUUCAACCUUCACUCGCAAGAAGUAUGAGGUCCUUGAGCUUGGCAUCAUGCACCCGGAAGAGACACCUACCACGACCUUGCAAGCCGGUCAGGUGGGUUUCAUUGCAUGCGCGAUGAAAGACAGCAGUGAAGCACAUAUCGGCGAUACCCUACAUCGUGCUGGGGAGCCUGUUGAACCCAUGCCUGGCUUCAAACCAACGAAGGCUAUGGUCUUCGCGGGUGUUUUCCCGGUUGAUAGCAAUGACUUCUUGAAACUGGAGGAAUCAAUCAAGAAGCUAACUCUGACCGAUCGCAGCGUAACCGUCCAACGUGAUAGCUCAACCGCGCUUGGACAAGGCUGUCGCCUGGGGUUCCUCGGGACGCUUCACAUGGAUGUGUUCCGACAGCGCCUGGAGGACGAAUACGAAGCGAACAUCAUAAUUACCGCUCCUACAGUACCUUACCAAGUGGUCUACAAGGAGAAAGGCGACAAAGAGAAGAUUGUUACUAUCAGCAACCCAGUUGAUUUCCCUGAUAUGACGGACAUUUCCAGCAAAGUCAAGGAAAUUCGAGAGCCUCUAGUUAAAGCUACGAUCAUUGUACCUGAAGAGUACCUGGGCGAGAUGAUGGACCUAUGCUUUUCUCAUCGCGGCGAAGAUAUGGACUAUCAGUACCUCGAAGGUGCUUCCGACACGGAGUCAACGGCAGAAGCGUCGCGUAUCAUUUUGACAGCCAACAUGCCCCUCAGCGAGAUCGUAACCGAUUUCUUUGACAAGCUCAAGAGUAGAAGCUCAGGUUUUGCGAGCUUCGAUUAUGAGGAAGCUGGGUACAAGCGCAGCGAUCUUGUCAAGAUGCAAUUCCUACUGAAUGCGAAACCCGUUGAUGCGCUUGCGCUGAUCGUUCAUCGCUCCGCCGAACAGUCAGUCGGACGUGCGUGGGUGAAGAAAUUGCACAAGGUGAUACCUCGGCAGCUAUUCGAGGUGCCUAUACAAGCUGUCGUUGGCAAGAAGGUCAUUGCAAGGGAAACUCUCUCUGCCUUACGGGCUGACGUCACUGCGGGGCUAUAUGGAGGUCAUUACGAACGCAAGAUGAAGCACUUGGAAAACCAGAAAGAAUCGAAGAAACGCAUGAAGCGUGUCGGGAGUGUCGAUCUUCCACAGGAAGCGUUCUAUGACUUGAUGAGCACAAAGAAGUGAACGCUGCUCGCUAUGCACUGUCCCUCGAAAAGAGCCCGUGUCUCAGAUCCCUUCGGGCUGGAACGGCACGAAGAUUAUGACAAUGGCUAUGUGUGCGAUAUCCUGCGAUGCGAACAUCUACGAGACGGAUGCACGCACAACUCCUGAAUAUUGUUCACCGUAUCACAGUGGCUGCACAUUGUUCGUCGCCUCCUGUUGCGCCUCAUUGCAAC